AUGAAAGAAAAGCUGCGAAAAGUUUUUUGCUGCUGUGACUUUGCGCGGUCUGCGAGUGGUGCUGAAGAUAAAGCGGCUUUCCUGAAAAAAAGGCUUCAAGCCAAAUGCCUUGCCUUCCUUCUGAAGUGCUGCACGCCGCAGGAAACUGUGAUUCCCCCGGCGGAGUGGCGCAGGCUUUACGGCAAAUGGGCGCCGAUUGGAUCAGAAGGAGCGGAGGUCCUUUGUGAACUCCUUCUGAACCAACGGAAUGAAAGGGGAGCGGUUGAUGGCGGCCGACGGAUGUUGACAUUAGAUCUGCAUGGACUGCGAAUUGGGGAUGACGGCGUGCAAGCGCUCGUCCCGUUCAUUACUUGUGAUGAUGGGCUGGUGACUUUUACGCUGUCCGGCAAUGACAUCACGGACAAGGGUGUCAACAUAUUGCUGAAAGCUCUUCAGGCGAGUCCUUCGUGUGUGCGGCGGCUGUCGCUUAUUGACAACCCUCUCUCGGCUGAUGGUGUGCUGCGCGUUAUCAACUUCUGUGCCACCCGCUCAUUGACCCUGACGGAACUGUCGCUUAGCCGCGGCGUGGGAGCCGAAGGAACACGACACGCGCUUGUUCAUGAACAGUUGACGCAGAAAAUGAAGGAUGAAUUCAUAAAGCUUCUUCACUCGAGUCAAGGGAACACGUUGGUAUCUUUUCAUUACAGUGGCUUCAGGGGAAAAGAUUUUGAUGCAGCCGCCUUUGGGUCGAUUCUUGAAACGGCUUUGUGCCAAUCCAAACUGCAGCACCUUGCGCUCAGUGACUGUUACACAUCCUUUCAUUGUGACCAUAAAAAAGGGGAUUUGUCGCAGUCUUUGGCUGAACCACUUUGUUUAGCCUCAGCGGGCUUGUGUUCAUCAAAAACGCAGUUAAAAAGUCUUGAGCUGCAAAUCCCUCUAAGCGAAGAGGCGGUAACCGCCUUGGCGGCUGGCAUUUCUGGUGCGACUUUUUUGUCUAAGCUGAGCCUACGUGGGUGUAGUAUGAGUGCGGAGAGCCUCCGUAUUAUUGGCAACGCCCUUGCCGAUAACAACACACUCCUGUCUUUAGACUUAUCGCACCAAAGUCACGAGGUGGCGCAUCCACUGUGUGGUAGUCACUGGAGGAGUCGGCUGUCCACCGGCCGUACGAGCUCAAUUGGCCUCCUCUCGCGCCAUCCACUUCUGCCUGUUUUUGAGGCGUUGCACCGUAACAGAACGUUGCGGGAGUUGAUUGUGUUGGGCAUUGACAUAUUCAACAGUGAUGUGGAGGAGUUGUGUGCCUGCGUGGAGCGCAGUGGAAACCAUGUUAUCUGUCAUGUGCGGCAUACCGGAUCGAAUUCCGAGCCGCUUGCCAUAAAGUUGGAAAGUCUUUUGUCGCAAAACCGCAGCAAGUGCCGCGGUAAUUUGUUUGCAAGAACAGCCGUUGUGAAACACAGCGACCCAAUCCAACUACCGCCCUCGGGGAAAGACAAAGAUGCACGACCUAAGACGCAAGCCCAAAUGGAGAAUAAAAUCAAAGAGUGUACAGAACCAAGGAGUAAAUGUCAAACACCAGCAACCCCCGCUGUUUUGGGUAAAGUGAAAACGCCUGGAAAUGGUAAAAACAACGAAAAAAACGGCGGCAAGCAAGAUGGCUGUGUUUUUGCUCGGGUUGUCACCACAGCUGUUUCCGUCUCAAGUGACUCUAUUGGCGCCAGCUUCACUCUUGCCACUCCGUUACCGAUUUUUUAUUCUCCGUGUGAGAGUUGUCCGUUGCAAUGCGUUGCAAGUUUAUGA